GUCACCAUGACAACAGAGACAGGCCCUGAUUCUGAGGUGAAGAAGGCUCAGGAAGAGGCCCCGCAACAGCCUGAGGCUGCUGCUGCUGUGACUACCCCUGUGACUCCUGCAGGCCACGGCCAGCCAGAGGCCAACUCCAAUGAGAAGCAUCUACCCCAGCAGGAAACUCGGCCUGCUGAACAGAGCCUAGACAUGGAAGAGAAGGACUAUGGUGAGGCUGAUGGCCUGUCAGAGAGGACCACACCCAGCAAGGCUCAGAAAUCACCCCAGAAGAUUGCCAAGAAAUAUAAGAGUGCCAUCUGCCGGGUCACUCUGCUCGAUGCCUCUGAGUAUGAGUGUGAGGUGGAGAAACAUGGCCGGGGCCAGGUGCUGUUUGACCUGGUCUGUGAGCACCUCAACCUCCUGGAGAAGGACUACUUUGGCCUGACCUUCUGUGAUGCUGACAGCCAGAAGAACUGGCUGGACCCCUCCAAGGAAAUCAAGAAGCAGAUCCGGAGUAGUGCCUGGAAUUUUGCCUUCACAGUCAAGUUCUACCCCCCUGAUCCUGCCCAGCUGACAGAAGACAUCACAAGAUACUACCUGUGCCUGCAGCUGCGGGCAGACAUCAUUACAGGCCGGCUGCCCUGCUCCUUUGUCACACAUGCACUGCUGGGCUCCUACGCUGUGCAGGCGGAGCUGGGUGACUAUGAUGCCGAGGAGCACGUGGGCAACUAUGUCAGUGAGCUCCGCUUUGCCCCCAACCAGACCCGCGAGCUGGAGGAGAGGAUCAUGGAGCUGCACAAGACAUACAGGGGCAUGACCCCAGGAGAAGCUGAAAUUCACUUCCUAGAGAAUGCCAAGAAGCUUUCCAUGUACGGGGUAGACCUGCACCAUGCCAAGGACUCUGAGGGCAUUGACAUCAUGUUAGGUGUCUGUGCCAAUGGCCUGCUCAUCUACCGAGACCGGCUGAGAAUCAACCGUUUUGCCUGGCCCAAGAUUCUCAAGAUAUCCUAUAAGAGGAGUAACUUCUAUAUCAAGAUCCGGCCUGGGGAGUAUGAGCAGUUUGAGAGCACAAUAGGCUUUAAGCUCCCAAAUCACCGGUCAGCCAAGAGACUGUGGAAGGUCUGCAUUGAACAUCACACAUUCUUCCGGCUCGUGUCCCCUGAACCCCCACCUAAAGGCUUCCUGGUGAUGGGCUCCAAGUUCCGGUAUAGUGGGAGGACCCAGGCACAGACCCGGCAGGCCAGCGCCCUCAUUGACCGGCCUGCACCCUUCUUUGAGCGUUCUUCCAGCAAACGGUACACCAUGUCUCGCAGCCUUGAUGGAGCAGAAUUUUCCCGCCCAGCCUCCGUCAGUGAGAACCAUGACACAGGACCUGAAGGUGACAAGAGGGAGGAGGAUGGUGAGUCUGGUGGGCGGCGGUCAGAGGCCGAUGAAGGAGAGGUCAGGACGCCCACCAAGAUCAAGGAACUAAAGCCGGAGCAGGAAACCACGCCGAGACACAAGCAGGAGUUCUUAGACAAGCCAGAGGACGUCUUGCUGAAGCACCAGGCCAGCAUCAAUGAGCUCAAGAGGACCCUAAAGGAGCCCAACAGCAAACUAAUCCACCGGGAUCGAGACUGGGAGCGGGAGCGCAGGCUGCCCUCCUCGCCCGCCUCUCCCUCCCCCAAGGGAACUCCUGAGAAAGCCAACGAGAGAGCAGGGCUGAGGGAGGGCUCGGAGGAGAAAGUCAAACCACCACGUCCCAAGGCCCCAGAGAGCGACACAGGCGACGAGGACCAGGAUCAGGAGAGGGAUGCGGUGUUCCUGAAGGACAACCACCUGGCCAUUGAGCGCAAGUGCUCCAGCAUCACAGUCAGCUCCACGUCCAGCCUGGAGGCUGAGGUGGACUUCACGGUUAUCGGUGACUACCAUGGCAGCGCCUUUGAAGACUUCUCCCGCAGCCUGCCUGAGCUCGACAGAGACAAAAGUGAUUCAGAAACUGAAGGCCUGGUGUUCUCCCGGGAUCUCAGCAAAGGGGCCCCCAGCCAGGAUGAUGAGUCUGGGGAAAAUGAGGACAGCCCGGAUCGAGGGGCCUGCUCCACCCCGGAUUUGCCCCAGUUUGAGCCAGUGAAAACAGAAACUAUGACUGUCAGCAGCUUGGCCAUCAGGAAGAAGAUCGAGCCAGAGGCUGUGCUGCAGACCAGAGUCACCGCUGUGGAUACCACCCAGGUUGAUGGGAGUACCCCAGGGGUGAAGGAUUUCACAACAACUACCCCCUCCAUCACCACAGAGACCAUAUCAACCACCAUGGAGAACAGUCUCAAGUCCGGGAAGGGGGCAGCUGCCAUGAUCCCAGGCCCACAGACGGUGGCCACGGAAAUCCGUUCUCUUUCUCCGAUCAUCGGGAAAGAUGUCCUCACCAGCUCCUACGGCGCCACCGCGGAAACCCUCUCAACCUCUACCACCACCCAUGUUACCAAAACUGUGAAAGGAGGGUUUUCUGAGACAAGGAUCGAGAAGCGAAUCAUCAUUACUGGAGAUGAAGAUGUCGAUCAGGACCAGGCUCUGGCUUUAGCCAUCAAGGAGGCCAAACUACAGCAUCCUGACAUGCUGGUAACCAAAGCUGUGGUAUACAGAGAAACAGACCCAUCCCCAGAGGAGAGGGACAAGAAGCCACAGGAAUCCUGACCUCUGUGAAGAGAUACUGGCAUUUCUGGUCCAACCCAAGCCAGAGAACCAUUAAAAAGGGGCCUUCAUUCUGGAUUCUCCAACUCAACACCAACGUCCCAGCUGCGAUGUACUGUCACUGAUGAGAGACUGGGAAAGGAAAAGCAUAUAUAUAUAUAUAGAUAUAUAUAGAUACAGAUAUAUAUACAGGAAACACUGCGUCCUUGCACUGCUGCUGGGGCUG